AUGGGCAGCAUUUUAAAAGCUGGAAUGAGGAGCCAUUUGAGGCAGAAGGAUUGCAGAAAGUUCCAGAACAAAAGAUGUAAUACAGGAAAUAUAUUUGUGGUGAGCCUAGCAGUUGCAGACCUGGUGGUGGCCGUUUAUCCAUACCCCUUAGUGCUGACAUCGAUAUUUCACAAUGGAUGGCACCUGGGAUAUCUGCACUGCCAAAUUAGUGCUUUCCUCAUGGGCUUGAGUGUCAUUGGCUCAAUAUUCAAUAUUACUGGGAUUGCCAUUAACCGCUACUGCUAUAUCUGCCACAGUCUCAAGUACGACAGACUGUACAGUACCAAGAAUUCCCUCUGCUAUAUGUUCCUGAUAUGGAUACUGACCCUUGUGGCAAUCGUACCCAACUUGCACAUCGGAACACUCCAGUAUGACCCACAGAUCUAUUCCUGUACAUUCACACAGACUGUCAGUUCAGCAUACACAGUAGCUGUGGUGGUUUUCCAUUUCAUAGUUCCUAUGAUCACAGUCAUCUUCUGUUACCUAAGAAUAUGGAUCCUGGUUCUUCAGGUCAGAUGGAGAACAGGUUUCAGGAGGGUGAAACCUGACAACGAACCCAGACUGAAACCACAGGACUUCAGGAAUUUUGUCACCAUGUUUGUGGUUUUCGUACUUUUUGCCAUUUGCUGGGCUCCUCUAAACUUCAUUGGUCUUGCUGUGGCCUCAGACCCUGCCAGCAUGGUACCGAGGAUCCCGGAGUGGCUGUUUGUGGCUAGUCACUACAUGCCAUAUUUCAACAGCUGCCUCAGUGCAAUUAUAUACGGACUACUGAACCAAAAUUUCAGACAGGAAUACAGAAGAAUUGUAGUCUCACUGUGUACAGCCAAGAUGUUCUUUGUGGACAGCUCUAAUGAUGUAGCAGACAGGACUAAAUAUGAACCCUCUUCAUCAAUGCUCAGCAAUAAUCUAGUAACGGUGGACUCUGUUUAA